CACAACGCUCCUGAGAGCGAGCGCGAGGAGGACGGGAAAUACCUGCGAGGAGGGGAGCCGUGUUGCAACUUGAAGCUCGCCGCUUCUCCCCCGGUGCGCGCAAUUGCCUCUGCGCCAAUUCCCAUGCUAGGCGAAGCUUCCGAGGGGACGAAGGCCACGCGCGCGGGGACGCAGCAAAAUACAUCCCAUAGUGCAUGAAUGGACAUUUAAGAAGCCUUGCUCCUAAAUUACUGUGGAAAUGGAAACCUCAUCUCUGCUGUCAUCCUUACAUGAUGAUUGUAGAUCAGACAACUAUCUUGAACCGCACUACAAGGAAUGUUACAGGCUUGCCAUUGAUGUGUUAAUUGAAAGUGGUUCAGAGGCUUACCAAGAAUUUCUUUCCAAGGAGAGAUGUGCAGAGUUUCUAGCGGAUGAUGAAAUCAAUUAUAUACUGAACACAGUUCAGAAAAUCCCUCAAAACACAGUUUGUGCUACUGACAAUGCUGUUGAUGAUACCUCUUCCUCAGGAACAUAUUGGCCUAUGGAAUCAGAUGUGGAAGCUCCUAAUCUUGAUUUGGGCUGGCCUUAUGUAAUGCCUGGAAUUAAUGGUGGUACAAAUAUUGAGUUGCUCUUCCAUCCCCCUCGAAUACAACCUUUUACAAUAAAGGAAACUAUUAGGAAGAUGGUAAAAGAAGCAAGAAAGGUUGUUGCCAUCGUUAUGGAUAUGUUUACAGAUGUGGAUAUUUUUAAAGAAAUUGUAGAAGCAUCUACUAGGGGAAUUUCAGUGUAUCUUCUACUUGAUGAAUCUAACUUCAACCACUUUCUGAAGAUGACAGAGAAACAAGGCUGUCAAGUUCAAAGACUCAGGAACAUGAGGGUGCGCACAGUAAAAGGACAAGAUUAUUACUCCAAGUCAGGGGCGAAAUUCCAUGGAAAAAUGGAACAAAAAUUUCUUCUCAUUGACUGUAAGAAAGUCAUGUAUGGUACCUAUAGCUUUAUGUGGUCCUUUGAGAAAGCAAACCUCAGCAUGGUCCAGGUUAUUACAGGACAACUGGUUGAAUCUUUUGAUGAAGAGUUUAGGACACUAUACGCCCGUUCUUCUGUUCCCAGCUCAUUUGCUCCAGAGUUAGUUAGAAUUAAUAGCCGCCGAGCACUCUGGGAGAACGAUGCCUACCAGCAUUCACAGUCUUCCUUAGCUUCAGCUUCUAGCCUGCGUAACCCUUUUGGGAGGGCCAACAAAACCCACAACUUAGACACCAGCUUUCUGAAGAAACAAGGCAGAUAUGGAAUAAAUGACAAUGACACGUUUGGUCCUAGAAAGCAGCUCUUUCAGAAACCACAGUUUGCUCCAGGUUUUCACAUGCAGAGUAGAAUCCAGCAGUACCAGUCCAAUGAAGUAAAUGAACAUUGGAAAAGGCAUAGCUAUGCAGGAGAGAAACCAGAAAGGACUCCGUACAUGAUGCUCAACAGGGCAGUGAACCGGGCAAAUAAUCAACCGCAUGGUUGGCAAGUGCCAUCUGACAGUCUCAGCGUUGUAUCUUCAUUGCAUGGAAGUUACAAAAACCUCAAUGUGCCUCAACAGAGUUUGGUUGACCGGCUUCCACAGCCGAAGCUGAAUAUUGCAGACAGGAACUCAAUUGUACGGAGAUCUUUCAAUGGAAUGGACAGUCACAUCCGCUACCUACAGCAGAGAAUGCCGACCCUUGAACGUACCACAAAAUCUUUCCUGCGCAACUGGCGCAUUGAAUCGUAUUUAAAUGACCAGUCAGAUUUUCCAGCAGACUCAAAUGGCUCAGGGAUAGGUGAUAGGUGUGAGGGCUUUGAUGCAGCAGAAAAUAUCAAGGCCCAUGCCCUUUAUGCUCACUCUCGCCUGCGCUCCUCCUUUGUCUUUAAGCCAACUUUGCCAGAGCAGAAAGAAGUAAACAGCUGUGCCAGUUCUUCUAAUUCAACUAUCAUUGGUUCAGAGGGCAGUGUGACGCCCAAAGGGACACCCAACCAUGUUCCCAGACCAGAAGAUGGAGCUGAUGACGUUGAGGCAGAACCAAGCACAUAUGUCCCACUGGAACCUGAGGUAGUCAAAAACAACAACCUGCCCAUUUCAGAAGAUAAGAAACCUAGUGUAACUCCACCAGUUGGUCGAGAGAAGCCUCCCUACCUAUAUUCAACUCUGAGCACAAGCAGACCAGUAGAAUUUCUAAAGAAUGAAAGCGUAUUGAAAAGGCGAAGUUUUCCAAUGUUUGACAAUUCGAAAUCUGCUUUGGAUCUUGGGAAUAACAAAGAGGCAGCCAGCUAUGUCUACAGCACGCUAAAUAGGAAUAGACUCAGACAACCGGCAGCUCUAAAGCCACCUCUAGAGGAGGACCUACAAAACUCUAAAAGCUUGUACGAUGUAGCCAAUCAUCUAGCACCUGACAGCAAUAACCUGAAAAGUGAAAAGGCCAGCUCCCCCACCAGCCCAAAGUCCAUCUCUGUGGCUGUACUAGCUGAAUUGAGCAAAGAUGACCUUGGGAAGGAUGCCUCACCGAAGAAAGAGAACAAGAAUUCCCCAAGUUUCCUGAAAAAGGGGUCGCAGAAACUGAGGUCGUUGCUGAAUCUCACACCAGAGAAGAAAGAGAGCCUGUCCAAAAACAAAGCGCCUGCUUUUUACAGAAUGUGUAGCAGUUCUGACACUCUGGUGUCAGAAGGUGAAGAAAACCAAAGACCCAAAGUGGCUGAAAUAAAGGUGGAAUGUUCUCCCAGGAAAAAAAGAAACUCCUCAUCUAAUUCACAAGGGAGCCUACAUAAGAGUAAAGAGGACAUUGCUGUCAGCCCAAAGUCCCCCAAAUCUCCCAAGUCCCCCAAAUCUCCCAAGCCUCCAAAAUCACCAAAGUCUCAAAAAUCUCUAAAACCUCCAUCGGAAGAAAACAUGAAAAGGGGGCCAGUUGUGAAACCAAUAGAAAAUAUGCUGUUAGAAGUACCUCCAGGGGACCCAUCUGCUCCCAGAUUCAACACCGAGCAAAUUCAGUACCAGGAUGUCAGGGAGCUGCGUGCAAAUGCAGGCCGGGAUCGGGUACCCCCACCAACUGCGGCCGCUAUUCCUCCACACAGGGUCAGUGCAGCGGCGCCUCGUCUAUCGAGCACCAAGCCAAACGAUGAGCUAAUAAGACCGCGCUUGAGUGAUAGGCGUAUUUACAGUCGCUUUGAGCCAUUCUGCAAAGUUGAAAGCUCUGCUCAGCCAGCAGGAACUCAGCAAGCAAGCAGCACCCAGAAAAACAGCGCUCACUAUCCGGAGACAAAUAGCAAGGCCUCUAGGAAUAAUUACGGAAGGAGCAACCAGGUGGCUAAUUACAACCCUGGUGUCUACCACCCAUUGCACCCAAAUGAAAACAAGUUGCGAGGAAUUAUGCAAAAGUUUGGGAAUUUUAUAUACAAAAACAAAUGAAACCUACUUGUGGAUUUUUUUUAAUUUUAUUUUUUAAAAUAUACCUGCUGUAAAUACUUAAGUACAGACUGAUGGACAGCUUUUGUAAAACUUAACUCAGAUCACUACGGGAGUUAGAACACUGCUAUACAUGUAUAUAACUUUGGUUCAGCAUAGGUUUGGGAAUCCGACCUGUUGAUACGUAUUUGCGUUUUUAUGUCGUUUGAGGUGUAACUCACCUCAGUGCUGGCAAUAAACAUUCUUUUAUAAACCCUGCCAAAACAUGCAAGGUAGAGCCACUCUUUCCAUAAAAUUGCUUCCAUGCACAAUAAAUGCUCGUUGGUUACUAAUUUUUUUACAUGCAGUCUGCAUGUCUACUCUCAAGGUUGCGCUUCUGUUGGGGGAAUAUACCGUUUUCUGAAUGCUGGACUUGCUAUAUUUUUGUAAACGAAAGAAGCAAUGCUGCUCCCCUCCAAUACAAUAUCCACUAGGCUUCCAUUUUCAGCAGCAGCUACAUGUAUAUUGCCACAUGCAGCGACAGUAGUAUGCAUAUGCUAAAGUAACACAUGACUGGAGAAUACUGUAAUUGCAGUUGUCCAUAACACAAGUGUAGUAUUUGAGUUGGCGCCAUUAAUCUGAAAGCCUAUCCUUUAAAAAGUGUAAGAGAAUGAGCUUAAGUUAACGUGCACAAUCUAGCAGAUAGGUAAAUCUGGAUAAAAAUCAACAGGAUGUAAAUAUGCUUUAUUGGCACAGUUGAAAUAUCACAAACCUGAUUCUUCCAACAAUGGCUUGAAGCUCGCAAAAAUGUGGUAAACUCACCAUUCCUCCUUUCUUAUACAUGAGCUCCCCCAUUUUUCUCCAACCAUAUUUUGUCAUCGCGUCCCAAUUGGCAACUAUUGUUUUAUUGUUAUGUAAACUUUUGCUUUUUAAAAAAGCAAACAAUCAAGCAGUAUAUAAGUUUUAUGAAAUAUAUAAAAACAAACUCCCUGUUACUGUUUGCUCCCAGCCAUGGUUUGUAAGCCCAACUCAAACCAUGGUUUCAAAAUACAGUUUAAAGGCAAGUCAUUAGCUAUGGCUGGCCAGUUGAGACAUCACAUCAAACUGUGGCUAGGGGAAAGAAACCAGAAGUUAGGGACUAAUGUCAGAGAGUAUACAUGUCCAUAACGCAGAAGAGGAGAACCUCAGCUCUAAGGGGCAAAUGCAGGCUUCUCUAUCUGGCCUUUGUAUCUUUUUCUAAGCCAUACCCCUCACCUUCAAAGAUAAUUGCAACCACUUUCUAUUCAGUGCAGGAGAUGCUCACAUACAUUGUUAGUGUGUUUGGAUCCUGCUGCAGGCAACCGUCUCCAGAUCAGAAAACCCACAUAUCACUUUCUUUUUUAAUAUAGUAGCUGCUUCAAAAUGAUGAUGGUGCUCAUUUAUGGAAGCAGAGAACAACUGUAUUUCAGUCUGCCCAUUCUCAUACUAGCUUUAUUAUAGUCUUAUGUUUAACAAACCAUUAAGUUAUUGCUGUUUGUUGUAUAUAUCUAAAGAUGAGGGGAGGCAGACUUUAGAGAAUGAGAAUUUAUAGGCAAGAGCUUGCUGGCCUUAAAAAGCCCCAACUUGCUUUCUCAAAAAAUUGUAUUUUAUGGCCUUUAGCAUUUUUUUAAAAGUAUAAAACUCUUUUUUAAAAGAUAUGUGAAAAAAAGACCAAUAACAUCUUGCAUAACUAUGCAGCAAUAAAUUUUAAAGCCAUGCCAUUAAAAUGAAGUUUUGUUCAUAGUUUGGCGAUAUAAAGGUUUUAUUAGCAAUUAUUUGGUUUACAUCCUUAAUCCACUUGUGAUUUUUCAGCUCCAAAAAGGAGGGAAGGGGAGCCUUACAUUAUGAAUGAGACAUCAAAGUAUUUUCCCCCUGAAGUGAACUUUAUUUCUGAAUCUGAGGAUUUAUAGCAGAGUUUUGUUAGAUAAUAGAAAGCCCACAUCCACAAUUCUCCUAGACAUCACAAUUUAUGUUGCAUAGUGACAAAGGGGCUAAGAAACUUUUUAUUAAAUGAUUUUAGUACUUUCUAGCUUUGAAUGUUAGUGUGAGAUGAACGUGCGCUAGCAUCCCAUAAUGUGCACACUGAUUAGUGGCUCUUCCUUGUUUCCCUCCACAUGGUAAGCAAUAAUGGUCAUGCUCACACACAGUGCUAAACCAUAGUUUAGCAUUAAACUAUGAGUGAAUUGGGAUUGCAUACUCCUUCCUGCUCUCCUCCCAAUAUGUGACUGGGAGGAUUUUGGUACAGCAUAGCUUCACUUUAAAAGAAUCCCAGUUUGGUGUUAUCUUCAAACUGGGGGUCCUGGUUUAGAACACACACUGGUUAGCAAGCCAGCACCAAUAACUCAUGAUUAAAAGUUGGCUUCUUCUGAAACCUACCAGAGUUUGUUUAGGCUCAUGCACCAUGGUUUAGUGUCAUGAAGACCAAUUCUCAGCCUAUGUGAGACAAAGUGAUUGGUCAUGGCUGGCUCCAGACAGGCAACGACCCACAGAGAGGAUAGAGACGAGGAGAGCUCCCUAGUUCUCAGGGCUUAACUACCCAUUUUACACAAAUGAAUGCAACAAAAUUCUCUGGGGAGGGGGUGAAGCAGAGAUGUGGGGUGUCUCUGUGUUUAACCUUUUCCUGCUUGCCGCUUCUUUGAUUCCACACACUAAUCAAGAAGCCACUCAGUGACUGAAUUUUCUCACAAGAUGCGUUUAACUUAAAGCCUUUAAGAGCUCGAACAAUGCUUUGCCUGAUCACACUAGACACCCUGUAUGUUACAUAACAAUAUAACUUGGGUAUAGAAAAAUAUAUGGGGUUGGACCAAAUGCCCCUCCCACCCCCAGUUACCUUCUAACUUUACAAUUCUAUGAACAUGGAGAAUGCAUUGGAAUGACAACAAUGUUGUCUGUAAAAUGAGGGGAGAUAAAGGAUGGCAUUUCCAGAGAAACAAUGAAAGCCACUGAGGAAGAGAGAUCAUUAUUUGUUUUUAGAGAGUGUGGGUACCAUGCUAUUUAUUUCAUCUUUAUUUCAGCCAUUUAUAAGAUAAUCAUGGGGUCACUAAGAGUCGGACAUGACUAAACGACUAAACAACAACAAUAAGAUAAUCAGGGGCAUUUUUAAGCAGUGUGCAGGAGACCUGGUAUAGUAUAGCAAGACUAAAAAUGAGUUAAAACUAUAAAACCAGAAUUCGAUUAAAAAGCCUGCUGAAAUAAAAUAGCAUUCAGUUAAAUACAAGAAGUUCAACAGGGAUUGUUUGACCUCCACUGGAAGGGAGUGCCACAAAAUUGUGUCCACAGUACUGGACACACAACUCCUUGCGACUACAUGCCAUGAAUCUGAGCCCUAAUGGAAUUUUAUUUUCUGUAUAAGAAAAAAGGGACAUGUUUCUCAUAAGAUGUCAAUUGCCACCUCUAUUUUUUUUUUAAAAAAUAUACUUUUUCUCAUUGUCCCCCAUUUUUUAAAAAGGCCACUUUUUAAUUACUAAAAAAGGCUUUCAAUUACAUUAUCUGAUGAAUAGACUAGAUGCAGCCCUAUCAUUGCGGUUCCUGUUUUUGAUGGUCAUUUGGUGUAUCCAGUAAUUGGUAGGCCACCCUGGUGAGCUGCAUGAGGUUUGGUGAGUGACUCACAAACUGUUCUGUUGCCAUUCUGAAGGAGUUUGUUCCAUCCUUUAAAUGUCACAUUUUAAAAGAACCAAUCAAAACAACUCUCCAUAAUUAAGCAUCUCAAUUGAAAUGUGUAAUGAAAACAUUCCAAAGGCCAAUCGUAAUGGAAAUAAAUGAGCGAAAUUAUUCCAGGUGGUUAAAAGCAAGUUUGCAAGCUAAGUCUAAUUGCUUAGACCCAGGAGCAGUUCAUUUUAUUGUUCAGUUGAAUGAGCUAUCCCUGGCGUAGUAGAUCAAAAUAAAAGGUUACAUUGCUAUCAACUUAUUCAAUGUCUUCCACAUCUAAAUCCCAAGUGUUCAGGAAAGGUUAUAUGCAUAUCACUAACCCCAGAAGUUUGCAGUGUGCUGCCCAGUCUAGAUGGGAGCUUCAUGAUUGGGCAAGAGUUCAAAUUUGUGAUAUGUACUGUACAGUUAAUUGAGUUAAAAAUUCUUUCCUUCAACAAACCUAAUAGGUUAUGUACGCUUCGUGUAUUUGAAGCACACCACCAAAGAAUCAUGGGAACUGUAGUUUGCCCCUACCGUUCCUUAACAAACUACAAUUCCCAGGAUUCUUGAGGGGAGUGCUUUAAAUGUAUGGUGCGUAUAUAGCCAAAGAGAUGGCAAGGUUAUUUUAAAGAAAAUGGAAUUUUAGUUAUGCUUGGAUUACAUCCAUUUAUUUAUUCAUUAUUCAGUUGUCAGCUGGUUUUCAAGGCAAAAACUCUUUCCAAAGCAGCCUACAUAAAAUAAUAAAAGCAUACAACACAAUUUCAAUGAAAUGCAAAUAAAGCAAAAGCUAAAGUUCCAGCUAAACAAUCUCUGAAAUUGAUCAUGCUACGUAAAUCAAUCGGACUUCAGUUUGUUGUGACUAAUUUUCCCUUUGAUCUUUCAAUAGGACUUAAGUACUAAUGGCUUUUUCUGGACUAGCACCAAUAAGCUCUAGAUUAUAGAGAUGUGCAAUUGAAAAGAAAAUCAUUCCAUUUGCCAUGUCACUUCUGACAGCCUGACAUUUAAUUUUCCAUUCAUUGUUGUCAUAUUCAAUUCAUUUCUCAUUUUUUUACCCUCUAAUUUGUUGUAUUUCUUCAGUGAUCACAGUGGAGACUAUGUUUACAGCUCUGUAGAACUCUGGAGUUUUUCUUCCAUACGGCAGUAUGAUUUUCCCCAGUGCUGGUUCGCCCAUUCACUGUUUGUCUCUAAUAUAUAUAUGGAUUGGAAAUGAAUAGGAGAAGGUGCCUUUCUAAAGUGCUGUUUUUAUACGAAAAGAUGCAGACAAUAUGAAAAUUUGCAAGGGUGAGCCUGUGAUUUAACUGAGGGUUAGAGUAGCUUCCAGUGAUUUAGAUCCUCACUGAAUUCAUAGAAUUGGAAAGGAUCCCAAAGGUCAUCUGGUCCAACCCUCUGCAACACGGGAACACGUGAGAGCAAGGAUGUAAAUUCAGCUUCAUGCUUUUGUUUUCCCUCUCCCUAUCGGAUGCCGUGUUUCUUUCAAUCCCUGCUGCUGAAGCAGGGGAAUGGGCUGUGAAAGAAAACAAUAAACAAUCCAGAGCUCUCCAGAUCAAAAGCAAGAAAAUAAUUAGCUGUUUCACUAAUCAAGUCAUGCAUUUUCUACCCCAGAGCCUUGCUACACAUUACACCAAGUGCCAGGAACCUCAAGCCAUAGGGGCUGAAUGCAGCCAUCCAACCCUCUCUUUUCAGUCCUCCAGACCCUUCCCCAGGUCACAUUCCUCAUUGCCCCUGCGCCAAAGCCCUGUUGAGGACUUUUCCCUGGGUGGACAGUGACAAUGGCUUUUGCAUGCCUGGACGGAGAGAUUCAGGGGUACAGAGAUUUUGCAUGGCUGGAAGGUAGCCGACUGUACAAAGUUAAGAGUUCCAUUUGUUGCCAUGUCCCCUUUUGCAUCUGACCAUGCCUACUUUUGCCUCUUGUCACACCCAUCACUGGAAUGGUUGCUCAUGAGGGAAUACAGCCAUCAAGCUGAAAGAUGUCUUCCACCCCUGAGCUGCAUCCAUCACAUAAAAAGUAGCAAUGAGUAAACCAGGCUCUGACUUCUGGAAGAAGGCUUCUUUGCAGGAAGCUGGAGGGGAUCUUGCAAUGCUGGUUGCCUUUUCUUGAGGUCUUUAUCUCUGGUUCUCUUGUGUAUCAUUAGCAGCUAAUUGUCUUGCUCCUCCCCUUCCAAGUCCCUGGGGAUUUGUGUGUGCAUCUGUCACAUCCGCUCUUAAAACAUGCAUCCUAUGCAAUGCAAGGCAUGACUCUAAUGAUGACCGGAACUGUUUCCCAGCUCCAAAUGAAACUAUUAAAACAAAGAUCAGAUAUCCAUGAUUAGGGGGUGUUCACAACCAGCCUGUUGUUCCACUACUCAUUCUGCCCUACUUGUAAAGUGAACUUGCCAUCUGCCAUGUUGAAUGGUGGCAACCUUGACCUCUAUUAGGAAGUGUCUAAGGGCCAUGAGUGACUAUAUAUGAUGCAGCAGAACCAGGUUCUGAGUAGCCACUGUUAUCUUCUUCAGUGGGGAUGUUCCACAACAGAUCAUGGUAUCUUUACUAUAUAUGUGCUACUGACUCUCAAAUUUUGGGAUGGUUGGAAUAUAUACAACAAAAAAUUAACCAAUUAGAGUUGUUAGACUCUAAUUGGGUCUACUAGACCCAGUUUUUUUAAAGCAAUAUGGAUUAAAGUCGUUUCUGGGGCCCUUCCAGGAUUAGGGGCCCUGAAUAUUAAGCUUCAUUAGUUCCAUAGUAGAUCUGCAGGGAGAUACGAGGUGUCUUUGCAUCCCUAGAGCUGAACCAAAAUGGCACUAUUUUCACUGUCCCAUUUUGCAGAUGUCUCUCAGAAGGAGGUGAAAUUGGGAGGAUGGUUCCCAGAUGGUGGCAGCAACUCUUCUCAACAGCCACUGUGCAGUGACUGCUAGCCUCCACCUCUCCCAGGACAUCCUCUGUAUGGUGUCCCAGGGCAUGGUCAUGAGGCCACCACCUUGCUGAAGCUAAGCAGGUUUGGUUCUCUAGAUGGGUGACUGCCUAGGAACCACAUGUAUGCUGUCUUGGGUUCCAUCUCAGAAGAAAUGCAGGGUAUAAAUGUAAUAAACACAUUUUUUAAAGUGAUAUGUCCUGCAGAAUUGCUGCCGCUGCCACCACAAAAUCCUGGCAGUGGCUGUGAAGCAAGUGAAAGGGACCCCAUGUGGGAUAGGGGUUCAAGUGAUGGACAAAGACCUGGGAGACCACGGUUCAAAUAUCUAUUCAACCAUGAAGCUUGCUGGGUAAUCUUGGUCUCCCAGCCAAGCCUACCUCACAAGGUUGUUGUGGGGAUUAAAUGAGGAAAAGGAGGCCACAUGCUCCAGCUCCAUGUACUUGGAGGAAAAGGAGAGAUAGAAAUGCAAAGAAAUAAAUACAUCUCCAGGCUGCCUCCAGUUCAGACAACUGUAAUCCUUGGAGUAGGCAUGCCCUCCCUUCUUCCUAUGUGCAAAACACCAUCUUAAUAAUGCCAUACUAGUUAUAAAAGUUGACUUUGAUUCCUUAGGGCAAACACCCAGAAUAAUAUCAGAGGCUAUUAGUGCAAAUGAGAAUCUUUCUCAAUGCCUUCAUGUGCAAUCUUCCCUCUUGACUGCAGAGUCACUAUGAGAGGCCCAGGAAAGAACGUAUUUGUUUAUUCCAGUUUGGGUUGGGUGAGCCUUUAGCUGUUCAUGUGGAAAGUGUGCCUGUUUUCCUAAGGUGGAUUCAGAUGUUAGAAAAGAGCUCCAGGAGAUGAGUCUAAUGACUGCCCUUGUGCAGCGAAAUCUAAGAACAGAAGCACAGCCCUUUGGAAUUAGGCCAAAGGCAAAUAUCUUCUUUCACAUGGUGGCCAGGAAGCCCACAAGUAGAGCAUGAAGGGUACUGUUUUUCUGGAUUGUCACAAGAACAUAAGAAGAGUCCUGCUGGAUCAGACCAAGGGCCCAUCUAGUCAAGCUUCCUGUUCUCACAGUGACCAACCAGAUGCUCACGGGAAGCCUGAAAACAGAACCGUGAGUGCAACAGCAUUUGCCUCUACUAUGGUCUCCAGAAACUUGGAUUGAGAAGGCUUAUGGUGGCGCUGUGGUUAAACCACUGAGCCUAGGGCUUGCUGAUCAGAAGGUCAGCGGUUCGAAUCCCUGCAAUGGGGUGAGCUCCCGUUGCUUGGUCCCAGCUCCUGCCAACCUAGCAGUUCGAAAGCACGUCAAAAUGCAAGUAGAUAAAUGGGAACAGCUACAGCAGGAAGGUAAACGGUGUUUCCAUGUGCUGCUCUGGUUUGCCAGAAGUGGCUUUGUCAUGCUGGCCACAUGACCUGGAAGCUAUACGCCGGCUCCCUUGGCCAAUAAUGCGAGAUGAGCGUGCAACCCCAGAGUCGGUCACGACUGGACCUAAUGGUCAGGGGUCCCUUUACCUUUACCUUUACCUUAUUGUCUAUGACAGUGGAAGCAGAACAUAGUCAUCAUGGUUAGUAGCCAGAGGUAGCCUUAUGCUCCCCACAACUGGUGUUCAUUGGCAAACUGCCUCUGAAACAGUAGGCUCCCUUUUUAUUUCAUACUUGUUCACAGACAGACUUAUCCUCCACCGAUGUAAUCUAAUCCUGCUUCAAAGCCACGUAAACUAGAGACAAUCAGCGUAUCUAAGUUACCGGUGGUAGCCAGCAGCACCGAAUCCCAUACAUUUCAUUAGGCCUUGUAUGAAAUCUUCGCUUGCCUGUCCUGAAUGCGAUGUCGGUCAGUUUCAUGGUGUGUAACACACAAAUUCUCCAGGGAAACAACAAUUAUAUCCAGGAUUGUUCCGACCUGUUUUUUCAUCCGUUCCAUAUAACAAGAUGGCUCUAGAAGGGAUCCUUCCAUUUGCACAGGGAUCCAGGAUCCAGCAGAUGCUUCUCACUGGAAGAAGUGGUGGGGUAGGUAAUGUUUACUGAUUCCCAUUCCCACCCCUCUCCAUCCUACAGUGCAACAUCCUGUGCUGCUGUAGAGGGUCCCCCAACUCUCCAGUGCUGCUUUUCAAUGGGUCACAGGGAGGAAAUUGACAAAAAUUGUCUUCUCAGCUCACCCUCUUCCUCCAGCAUGAGCAGAACUCCUCUUACUACCAGCCUGCAACCCAAUGAAAUUCCUGCUGGGAAGUUGCAGGAGUAUCAAUUGAGGCUCAUUUGACAUCCUACAGUUCUCCAUUUCAACGUGUUCUCUGUGCAAGUAGAGGCGCAUUUGUGCAGGAUCGUAGAUUUUCACCCAUUUUCAUGUAGAUGUAUUAUUGACUAGCACUGGGAUUGGCUGGAUAAAUUCUCACAUGGGAUGGUGCACCUUGUCGCCUGCUCUAAUCUCAAGUAUUACUGCGUGCAAACCACUUCAUGCUUUUGAGUUGUUCUAUAGGCUCUAGUUACUAUUUUAACGGUCGUUUAAUUGCACUUGUGUUUUGUGACUGCUGUGUGCCACCCUGGGGUCCUACAGGAAGAAGGGCGGAAUAGACAUGUGUUGUUGGAUAGAAAACCAGUAAUAAUUAAUAAUAGUACAAAUACGCAUAGAGAGACAGGCAGAGACAGGCAGAACAAUCAAACCUUGCUAAUUCAGCGUUGGUGUGUGUGUUGGGUUGGGUGGAGGAGUCCUUCCCCCGACAGUAUUUGUUGUUGGUAGGGAACAGCAUAAAGUCCAAGAACAGAGGGAGUGUGGUUUCUGCCAGGGGUGGGUGGGAGUUAAGAUUGCUCCCUAAAAAUUCAGAUUUCCAUCACUGUUGUGCGUGACUGACCAAAUACCAUAAAAAGAGUUCGUAUCCUCCGCAAGUUGGUGAAAUCUAAAGCCACAUUAUCCCCACCCUGUUCAAAAGGGCUUUUGUAACACCACACCCUUUGCAGCUAAGACUCCAAUGAACCAAGGCUCCUGUUUACAGGCAUGACUGCAUAAAGCUGGGGAAACUCCCUGCUGAGUCAUCUGAAAACACAACUUGCAAAAUCCCAAGAGCUUGCUUGGGCUCCCCAGAAUGUUAACCGGUCCUACAGUACAGGCUAAGCUUCCCCUUUCUCAUCCCACAGGGAAGCGCAAGGAAGUUGCACAACUAUGUCUGGACAACAGGUAUAGAUUAGGGUAAUUCCAGGAGCGUAUUUUUAGUUUAACCUUCGUACUGAACACAUACACCACAUCAGUACAAGACGCAGAGCACUUCAGAAGGACAUUCUUUCCUGAUAUAGGCACUACGAUCUUGAAAGACCUUGCAACAUUUAAUGGCAGAAUUACAUGUUACAAGGCAAUUCACCCCUUCCUUUCUCUGCCACCAUGUUCUCAUUCCAUUAGCAAAUGCCUUCUGGGAACAUGAGUUUGCUGAGGCAAUGCAAUAAAAAUAUUGGAUUGGAGCCAAUAGCCCAUUUUAUUUUGUUCACAAGAGGGAC